CAAGCGGCCCGCCAGGAGUGUCAGGCUUGCAAUCCGGGGUGGUCUCAGGCGCCGGCGCCAUGUACCCCGCGAGCCCUCCGACCGGCCCGGCCCUACACCCGGUCCCUCAUCGCGCUCGUCUUCCCCCGCCCCGGCGCCUUGCUGAGCAGCGGCGAUCGCCAGCGCCUGGCCCGGGUUCCACCGAGCGCCCACCGCCCCCGGCGCCUACGCCGCGGCCCCGCGUGGCCGUGAAGAUGACUUUCCGCAAGGCCUACUCCAUCAAAGACAAGCUGCAAGCAAUCGAGCGCGUCAAGGGCGGUGAGCGGCAGGCCAGCGUGUGCCGAGACUUCGGCGUGCCAGGCGGCACGCUGCGCGGCUGGCUCAAGGACGAGCCCAAGCUGCGCUGGUUUCUGGACCAGCUUGGUGGAGAAGUGGGCACGCAGCGCAAGAAGAUGCGUCUGGCCAACGAGGAGGAGAUCGACCGCGCCGUUUACUCGUGGUUCCUCACGUUGCGCCAGCACGGCGUGCCGCUGUCGGGACCGGUCAUCCAAGCGCAGGCUGAGGCCUUUGCUCGCCAGAUCUACGGCCCCGAGUGUACCUUCAAGGCUAGCCACGGCUGGUUCUGGCGCUGGCAGAAGCGCCACGGCAUCUCUAGCCAGCGCAUUUAUGGUGAGACUGAACCCCCGGUCGCAGGCCCCGCACCUGUCAAAGAGGAGCCGGCGCAGCCGCCGAGCGCCGGUCUGCUACCUGACCGCGAGCCGGCCACUUUAUCCCACUCCGAGGGAUGCUAUGGCGACGAGCAGAUCUACAACGCUAACGUUACUGGUCUCUAUUGGAGGUUACUUCCCGAGCAGGCUGCAACUCCAGGCGCAGGGGACUCCGGGGGACCUGGUGGGUGCAGCCGGCGCUGGCGCAGCGACCGAGUGACAGUACUGCUGGCCGCCAACCUGACGGGCAGCCACAAAUUGAAGCCACUAGUCAUCGGGCAGCUACCCGACCCACCUAGCCUGCGGCACCACAACCAGGACAAAUUCCCCGCCUCCUACCGAUACAGCCCGGAUGCCUGGCUCAGCCGGCCUCUUCUUCGGGGCUGGUUCUUUGAGGAAUUCGUCCCUGGUGUCAAGCGCUACCUGCGCCGAAGCUGCCUCCAACAGAAGGCCGUGCUGCUGGUGGCCCAUCCAUCCUGUCCAAGCUGGGCCACUAGGAUGCCUGCCCUGGAGGAGAGCGAGGCGACUCGCAGGCAGUGCCAACCCGAGCUCCUUGGAUCCCCAGAGGAGCUGCAGACACCUGAUGGCGCAGUUCGAGUGCUCUUCUUGUCCAAGGGCAGCAGCCGAGCGCACAUCCCUACACCUCUGGGGCAUGGUGUGGUGGCAGCCUUCAAGCAUUUGUACAAACGGGAGCUGCUGAGACUUGCUGUGUCUUGUGCCAGUGGCUCCCCGCUGGACUUCAUGAGAAGCUUCAUGCUCAAGGACAUGCUAUACCUGGCUGGCCUCUCUUGGGACCUGGUCCAGGCGGGCAGCAUAGAGCGCUGCUGGCUGCUGGGUCUGCGGGCCGCCUUUGAGCCUGGGCAGCAGCCAGCCCACCAGGUAGAAGAGGCUGCUGAACGCAGCAGGGUGCUCAGUGACCUCACACAUCUGGCAGCUCUGGCUUAUAAGCGCCUGGCGCCUGAAGAGGUGGCAGAGUGGCUGCACCUGGAUGACGAUGGAGGGCUCCCUGAGGGUUGCAGAGAGGAGGUGGCCCCUGCAGCUCCUCCAUCCCCAGCCAGCCUGCCCUCUAGCGUGGGGGCUGGAGAGGAGGAGGAGGAGGAAGAGGCCACUGAGCAAGGAGGAAUGUUGGUACCUACUGCUGGGGAAGCCAUUUGGGGACUAGAGACGGCGCUGAGGUGGCUGGAGAGUCAGGAUCCUAGAGAAGUGGGGCCGCUGAGGCUGGUGCAGUUACGUUCCCUCAUUACCAUGGCACGGAGGCUUGGAGGCAUUGGCCCCUCGGCAGCAGCUUCUGGUGAUGGUGUGUGACUGCCUUGGCCCAGUGGCCCUUCUCCUGCUGCACUGGGAGAGAGGGUUUAUAUACAGUCCUCCAUCUUCCACCUUUUCUCCCUGGUAUAGUCCUCUGUAGAGGUCCAGGGGUGCAAGCCCAGCCCAGCUUGGAGGAGUUCUGUUAGUAAAGAAUAUCCUGGCCCAUGAUCUAUAGGUCCUGGGAAAAUAAUAGCUCAAAGAAGCAAAUGCUCUUCCCUGGGUAGGCACAUGUGGGCACUUAAGCACAGCACCUAGUGGAGAACAGUUGACUGUACCUCCAUUCUGGCCCCUAUGGGGCUCACCCUCUCCCCUCCCCCAUGUCCACUGGAUGAGGCUGCUGUGCCAGUUCCAUCUGCCUCCCUGGUGCUACCUGGUUUCAUCUCAGUGGGGAAGCACUUGGUUUUGUUUUAAAAACAAGUACACAUUAAACCUGUUUUUAAAAGAUGCUCUUCACAGGGACCCUGAGUGCUGGCAGAGUGAGGUGGUCUCUGGGCUCUCUUGCCCUUGCUCUUAUAGCUCUGUAGUUAUCAGAGUUAUGCUGGGCCAGAGCCCAGGGGAGGCUCCAGUCCCUGAUCUGGGAUGGUGUGCUCACAAGCAAGUGGGAAAGGGGAAGUGGAAGCCCCCAGUGCUUGGUGACAUUUGGGAUGCAGCAGAGCGUAUAGUAAAUUCUAUUCUACUUGGAUUUUUAGUUCUCCCUUUAAAAACUCCGUUCGGAAAGACCCUCUAUUCAUGAUGUUGGCAAGUGUUUGGAUUUGGACCCAGGUGGCUUGAACCAAUGGCAGGACAAACCACUUUGUUUAGUUCCAGGGCUAUCUGAUCUUCCUGGAAACAGGUCAUAGCCUCUGUAACUGUCUGGGAACUCAGCAGUGCCUUAGAGCCAACCCUUACCCCGUGGACUCUUCCUGCACCGGCCCUCCCCCUAGACUCAUCCACCUGGUGUUGUAUGCCUGAGAAGCUAUUGCAGGAAGGCCCAGUUUGAAGGAUAAAAGGCUCAAAGGAAUGUCCAGUUUUUGUAUCACCCUGCUGCUCUAUCCAAGUGGGUUCUGAUAACUGCUGCUGACCUAGCGCAGAGGCACCUGUGUCUUAAGGAGGGGCGC